CACGCUUCUCUUCCGGCGGACACUCCUGGGCUGCUUCGUGCUUGCAACUACUCCGCCGAGCGGCAGCAAAUAUGGCGUCCCAAACCCCCGCCGUUGUCAUGGACAACGGCACGGGCUUCUCGAAGCUUGGUUUCGCCGGCAAUGACUCUCCCUCCUUCGUCUUCCCCACCGCGAUAGCAACGAAAUCCGCCGCGGGCGGCGCUGGCGGGUCUGGGUCUGGACGUCCCGCAGUCGCAAACAAGCCUUCCUUUUUGACCGGCGGUGCUGGCCCGAGCAGCCACUUACAUGCGAAGAGGGGAACAGAGGAUUUGGACUUCUUCAUUGGCGAUGAAGCGCUGUCGGCAGCAGCGGGGCCUGGCUAUGGCAUCCACUACCCGAUCAGGCACGGCCAAAUCGACAACUGGGACCUCAUGGAGCGCUUCUGGUCAAACUCGAUAUUCAAAUAUCUCAGGGUGGAGCCUGAAGACCACUACUUCCUACUCACCGAGCCUCCUCUCAAUCCUCCGGAGAACCGCGAAAACACCGCCGAGAUUAUGUUCGAAUCCUUCAAUUGCGCCGGUCUCUAUAUCGCUGUGCAAGCCGUGCUCGCUCUGGCUGCCUCCUGGACUAGCUCGAAAGUGCAAGAUCGGUCACUUACUGGUACUGUCAUCGAUUCCGGUGCUGGUGUCACCCACGUCAUUCCUGUUGCCGAAGGUUAUGUCAUUGGGUCGUCGAUCAAGAGUGUUCCCAUUGCUGGCCGCGACAUAACAAACUUCGUACAGUCGCUCCUCCGAGACCGUGGCGAGCCGGACUCCUCUCUCCAAACCGCUGAGCGCAUCAAAGAAGAAUUCUGCUACGUAUGUCCAGAUAUCGUCAAAGAGUUCUCCCGCUUUGACCGCGAGCCCGAAGACCGAUUCCGCAAGUACACCGUGAACUACCCCAACGGCAGGUCUGCUCAGGUAGACGUCGGCUAUGAGCGCUUCCUUGCCCCAGAGAUCUUCUUCAACCCAGAGAUUUACUCUUCGGAUUUCCUGACCCCGCUGCCCACUAUUGUCGAUACCGUUAUUCAAACCUCGCCCAUCGAUGUGCGCAGGGGACUUUACAAGAACAUCGUGCUCUCAGGUGGCUCGACACUGUACAAGGACUUUGGACGGCGUUUACAGCGCGACAUCCGGCAUCUCGUGGACGCCAGGAUCAAGGCCUCGGAAGCCAGGAGCGGAGGCGCAAAGAGCGGUGGUUUGGAGGUUCAAGUCAUCACACACAAGAGGCAAAGGCACGGGCCGUGGUUCGGAGGAAGCCUGCUCGGCCAGACACCCGAGUUCAGGAGUUACUGCCAUACCAAGGCAGAGUAUGAUGAGAUUGGGCCGAGCAUUGUCAGAAGGUUCGCCCUGUUGGGUGGUCCAGGUAGCACGUAAUGAUCAAACUUUGGCUACGGGAGUAUGCGAGAUUGCGCUUUGGGAGUACCCAGUUUGGAGGAUGUAGACGGGAGUGCUGAAAAGAUCAUCUUAUUCACGAACCCAAGAAGAUUUCAAAUGCAAAAUUCGAAAGGAAAAACUACAUUAGAUGUUUCAUGUAUUGAGCAAUGCUUAAACGAGUGUGACGGCUGGCUUACAAAAAUUUCCUUGAAAAUACUGGGUCAGACAAGCUAUCACUCCAAAAAAGCAUUG